AUGAAAAAAUCAAUCUACGAUCGUCCUGUAAAAACCAAGCGCGAAGUCUCUAAAAGUGCCUUUAAUUUUCUUUUCUCAGAGAUUGUUCAAUAUUCUCAGUCCCGCAGCAACCGUGAUGCCCAAAUUCUCACAAAUCAGCUGGAAGAGCUCGGCUACCCUUUAGGCUUAAAAUUCCUGGAGCUAACGUGUCUACGUGAAAAGAGCUCAACUAAAGAGCACACCAUCAUAAAUAUGCUGCGAUUUAUACGAGACCCAUUUUGACGUACUUUAUUUAACAAACCAGCUGGAGACAUAGAGCAGAGCACCGUAGAUGAUUGCAUGUUCAUGAUAUAUGAAGACGAGCCUUCACUCUGCAACCAGUUUUCAAGUGCGCCUAGAGGCCAGGAACGCAUAAAUUGCUCCGCUUUUGUAGCAGGAAUUAUCGAAGGCUUAUUAAAUGCUUCAGGUUUUGCUGCGAGAGUGACUGCUCAUUUUAGUAAUGAUUCUACUGUUUUUCUAGUAAAAUUCGCACCUGAAACUAUAAAGAAUAGAAAUGUUUAA